GCGCGUUGGAAAUCGGCAGCGGUAAAGAAUCAGGUAUGUGAAAAGGCGGUGUUGACGUUACCGUGCAGCUUCCUCAUUUCACACGCCAGAUGUUUCAAAGCAAUAACGGCGUGAGGCCAGACUUGCAGCCAACCGCAGCUACGUCUUAUCAGCCGGUGCAAAUACCCAAGGACAAGUACGAGAGAAUUGUGCAAGGACGCAAUAGAUUUUUCCUCACUACAAUCGGUGGCGUCGCUCUUUUCUUGGCGCUCAGCGCUCUCCCACAGUUUCUCAUUUACAGGUGUGUGCGAAGGGUCUACCGAAACUUCUGCCGUGGAAAAGUGCUUGACUUGUCGCCGAAAUUGUACGACGAGAAGGAUGUCGCCUUUUACGAGAUGUCGAAGGCGGUUCGCGUUGAGUUUGUGAUUGAGAAGAAAGUUGUCGAUGACGGCCGCUACAGAGUUGACGAGGCGCUCUCAGAAGAGGAGCAGGAGGAUCGACGACGCGCCAUGACGCUCGAUUUCAUGAUUCGCAACGAUCACAACUGGGUAGGCAGCACCGUCAACUUUACUACUGUCUUGAAAUCCGACUUACACUCUCCAGGCUUCACUAAGUAUGACUGCAUACUCAUACGCGACGAGCUUCUCAACCAUGCCGAGCCGAAAGCUCGCAACCUCUUUGAUUCUGCCGCUGAGUACAUGAAGGAGGACGGCUUGUUCCUCGUGAUGGAUUUUGGAAAGCCGAGUUAUCUCCAGCUUACCAGGCUGGCACGAUGGUUCAACAGAGUCUCGAACAGCAGUAUGACCAUCACGCACGAUUAUCAUGCAUGGAUUCGCGAAAGCAUGCUGUACGAAGUAAAAGAAGAGCGACGGUGCCUCUUUGGGUUCUAUUACGCUCUUGUGCUACAACGAAGGCCGAAGAGCGCGGCUGCACCCCAGCAGAAGUAA